AUAGUUGGGACCUGGAUGCCUUGAACUCUCAGCCUGGAACCAAACCACAGGACAUUUUUCUGUGUGCUGGACUGCUGCAAUUCAGGUGAUUGGCUUGUUUCUUCUCCGUUCCAAGGCCUCGUGCUAGGGGCCGGAAUCUUCUCUCUAUGGUGCCUUGUUCUGCCCCCUUGCUUGUGUUCUUUAUGCAGCAGGGUAUCUUCUCUCUAUGGUGCCUUGUUCUGCCCCUCUGUGCUCUUUGCUUGUGUUCUUUAUGCAGCAGGCUGCCGGCACCACCUUGGAGCCUACACAAGUUUCUCCCUACGCCUUUUCUCUCUUUCAGGUGUGAUUUUUUUAAAACGGUUUUCUACAAUGUUAUUAGGCUCUUCAAUGCAGGAGGUUGCCUAAUGGCAUACUCUUCAUUUUCUCUUUUCUUGUUGAGCAAGGAGAUGGGGGCAUAGUAUACCUAGACUUCUUUCCUUCGCUUCCCUUUCCUUGAGAAACACCAGCACAGUGCAAAAGAAGUUGGAAGUAGCGUGGUUUUGGUCAUCCUUGCUUGGAUUGCUUCAAGAGAAGUUUCCUCUUCCUUCCCCGGAUGCUCAAAUUCGAUGUCGGGGAUUCCGGGGUUGCUUUCAUAGAGGUAGUAGUAGCUUCUUCCUUGCCCCCAUUUUGUUCUGCAGCUCAAGGCACCUGCUGCUAUAGCUUCAGCUAAGAGUUCUACGAUUUCAUUAUGCUUUCCCUGCCAAAUGUCGGCUCCUGGUGACAGAGCGCAUUAAUUUGAUGAUGAGCAUUCAGAUCCAAAUCCAACUUGGCUGAAGCAAUAUAUGCAUCCCGGCCAUCAUCUUCACAGUCCACCAAGCAUGUCGCCGUCGCUGCUGUCGAAGCUGCGGCUGGUCACCGUGGACGUGACGGGCACCCUGAUCGCCUACAGGGGCCAGCUCGGCGACUACUACUGCAUGGCGGCCAAGUCCGCCGGGAUGCUGUGCCCGGACUACGCGCGCGUGCACCAGGGCUUCAAGCUCGCCUACGCCGAGAUGAGCCGGCGGCACCCGUGCUUCGGCCACGCCGCCGCCAUGCCCAACGCCGAGUGGUGGAAGAUGUGCGUCCGGGACUCCUUCGCCAUGGCCGGCUACGACUACGACGACGACACGUUCGAGAGGAUAUUCCGGCGCAUCUACGCCACGUUCGGCUCGUCGGCGCCCUACACGGUGUUCCCGGACGCGCGGCGCUUCCUGCGGUGGCUGCGCGGCAGCGGGCUCGUCGUCGGCGUGGUCAGCAACGCCGAGAGCCGGUACAGGGACGUCGUCCUGCCGGCGCUCGGGCUGCACCAGGGCUCGGAGUGGGACUUCGGGGUGUUCUCGGGCAUCGCCGGCGUCGAGAAGCCCGACCCGAGGAUCUACGAGGCGGCGCUGGAGGCGGCGGGGGGCGUGGCGCCGGCGGAGGCGCUGCACAUCGGCGACAGCCUGCGCAAGGACUACGCCCCCGCGCGGAGCCUCGGGAUGCACGCGCUGCUGCUGGACCGGUUCGGGACCGCCGAGGCGGAGAGCUGGCGGCGGGCCGGCGCGCCGGUGCUCCCGGACCUCGCCGCCGCGCGGGAGUGGCUCGCCGGGGAUGUCACCAAGGAGGAAGCGGAGCCUGCCACGGCCAGGUGAAAUGUCCGGGAGGAAAGGGAGAGCAUUUUGGAAAUCGAAAUGCUCUUGCCCUGACGAACAUUAUUGAAAUUCCUGCUGCUACGACGGUGUGGAAAAUCAGAUGCAGCCAGCCCCAGAGAAAAUGGCUGGCUGAACGAGCGAGUGUUCAUCGCUGAUGUAUGUAAUUAGCUUCAAUCCGGAGGCCAAUGGCCAACGACCAGGAUCGUCGUGUUAUCAAGAUGAGCACUUCGUUCAGAUUUCAGAGUGAUCUACAACUGCAAUGGGACCCUACACAAUUUUGA